AGAUCUCCAUCGAAGCAGCAGAUCCGAUCGCUGCCACGCGACUGUGCGGAGAGCGAGUUUCCUGGCAGAGCAACUGCGUUCGGCAACUAGCUGUUCGAGCGUCUUGAGCUCGUUUCUUGGUCUGAUAGGCUCGACAUCGGCAAGUAUGUUCGGACGCUCAUCCGACAUCGUACUAGAGGGCUAUCUCGACAAGAAGAAACAGAAGCAAUACCAAGGCUUCGCCAAACGCUACUUCUGGCUCGACAACAAGGGCGUGCUCUCGUAUGCGGUCAAUCCCAAUUCGCGCGUUCGAGCGAGUCUCUUUGUCGGUCUUGCAUCUAUCGUUCGUUCGUCAAAGAACAAGACUAUCACUAUCGAUUCCGGAUCGACCAUCUUCCAUUGCCGUGCACUGAGCGACCAGGACUUCGAAAAAUGGACCAAGGCGCUCAGGAGAUUCAUUGGCACCGCGGACGACAAGCAAGGCGGCGCGGCAGUCGGUGAGGUUGGCUCAGGCGUCGACUCGUCCAAGGUCGACCUCUCUGCUAUUUUCGAUACUGUCGCCAAAAUGAGCUUGCCCAUCAACGAAGUCGGCGACAUUGCUCGGCAGCUUCAGUCGGACGACCUCAAGUCUUCGACGAGUGGGAGCGACACUGCUUCAUCCAACAAGAUUACGCAAAUAUUCAAGAAAGGCCACAAGGAUCACAAGCAGAACGGAGGCGCGAACACCCACGAGCUUGGCAAGCAAUUAUCUCAAGCAUCCGCAACGCUCAAGAAUCAGCAUACCACCCUCGUCAAUACCAUCAAUGCUGCAGGUCCGUCGUUCCCCAGCAGCGGAGGCGGCAAGGCAGCCUACGGGUCCCGCACGGCCAUCGGAUUCGACAAGGUCAAGAGCAACGGCAAUGACAGUGAUGCAGACUCUGAUGCGACAUAUGGCACUGCUCAAGGCGCCGAAUUUGAUCUAGACGACAUUGACGAUGAUGGCGCCCAAUCAGACUAUGAGGCUGCUGCUGAUGAUGACGACGAUUCUGGUUCCGACGCCGAGCACGCCGGAAAAGAUGAGGCUGAGCACGGCGACGCGGAUGACGGCGUCAAACGGAGGAAGCAGCUACCUGCGCCGGUGUCAGGCGACGAGUUCAGCAUGUUCUCUAUGCUCAAGAAGAACAUGGGCAAGGAUCUCUCAAAGAUCUCCUUCCCAGUGUCCUUCAACGAACCUCUCAGUGCUGUUCAGCGAUUGGCAGAGGAGAUGGAGUAUACCUCACUCAUCAAAAAGGCGAUUAGCGCCGAUGACUCGAUAGAGCGGCUUUGCUAUAUCACCGCUUUCGCCAUUUCGCAGUUUGCUGGUCUGCGCUAUCGCUCGUCUCGCAAGCCAUUCAAUCCACUCGUUGGAGAGACAUACGAGCUCGUCAGAAAAGACAAAGACCUUCGAUUCAUUGGCGAAAAGGUCUCACAUCAUCCACCUAUCAUGGCAUGCGCCGCAGACGGCGAAAAAUGGCAUUACUUUGCACACUCGGGCGGUAAACAGAAGUUUUGGGGCCGAUCGCUCGAAUAUAUCCCGGAAGGACACACAGAGCUCAAAUUCAAGGAUUCGGAGGACGUCUUUACGUGGAACAAACCCAGCACAUUUGUGAAGAACAUCAUGUCAGGCGAAAAGUAUCUUGAGAUAUCUGGCGAGAUGACCGUCAAGAACGAGCACACGGGUGAAAAGGCUGUAGUACAAUUCAAAGAAGGCAGCAGCUGGGGAGGCGCAGACAGUCGCAAUAAAUUUGAUGGAAAGAUCCAUGACAAGAGUGGCAAGACCAUCACUGAAGUGACUGGCAAAUGGAGCGAAAAUGUGACCCAAAAGACGGGCAAAGAUAGCUACAAGGAGCUCUGGAAAGCGGCGGACUGGCCGAAAGAUGCGACGAAGUAUUACGGCUUUUCCACUUUUGCUGUGCAACUCAAUGAGGUCACAGACGACAUCAAGAAGUCUCUUGCACCAACAGAUUCACGACUGAGACCCGAUCAGCGUGCAAUGGAGGAUGGCGACGUUGACAAGGCAGAGGAGACCAAGAAAACGCUCGAGGACAAGCAACGCGAGAAGCGCAAAGAAUGGGAAUCGAGCAACAGCGGACCCCAGCCGCCACAGUACUUUGAAGAGAAGGACGGCAAAUGGCACGCCAAAGAGGGCGAGAGCAGCUACUGGGAGAAGCGAGAGAAUGGCAAGUGGGAGGACCUCAAGAUCUUCGAAGCAUGAACACUACUCUAUGGACUUGACCAGUGUAACAAUACAACAUGAAGAUCUAAGUGUCCAGAAUGCUCUAGUGGGGCGACGCUGCCCGCGUCUGUGGCCUCGAGCCCUCGUCUAAGCUCUGCCUGAGUGCUGCAACGUCCACGCUCAGCCUGUUACCCCUGGCUGGACUCGCGCUACGGCUGCCAUCGACACUUUGCCUCAAGCGAGCGACAUCUCGAGGUAUUGGCUGCUUCUCUUGUGACUGAGCUGCGGGCGGUGGCAUGGUCAAGUCGAAGCUGCCACUCGGUCUGCCUGCGCGUUCGCCUUUUGUGACGGGAACAGUAAUGCCCUCUUGAAUUGCCCAGAGCUUUCUCUGCUCCUCGCGGAGAUGCAACCGAAUGGAGUCCUCGCUGC